AUGGGUUGUCUUAACUUCACCAGCGAAAAUAAGACUUUGCCUGGCAGGCAUCCUUAUACUGUGCAGACGUCUGUGCCUCUAACAAUCCUGGUGGGUAUCCUCAUCCUGCUAACUGUUUUUGGCAAUGUCAUGGUAGUAAUUGCUGUGAUCACAAGCCGAGCCCUGAGAGCACCUCAGAACUUUUUUUUGGUCUCACUGGCAUGUGCAGACAUCCUGGUUGCCACCUUAGUGAUGCCUUUCUCUUUAGCGAAUGAACUGAUGGGUUACUGGUACUUUGGUAAAGUGUGGUGUGAAAUCUACCUGGCUUUGGAUGUGCUCUUUUGCACCUCAUCCAUCGUUCACCUGUGUGCCAUCAGCCUGGACAGAUACUGGUCCGUCACUCAAGCGAUUGCGUACAAUUUGAGGAGGACACCACGCAGGAUUAAAUGUACAGUCUUCAUAGUUUGGGUACUGGCGGCGAUCAUAUCCUUCCCUCCGCUUAUCACAAUGAAAAAGGACGAGGGUAAAGAAGACAGCCCAGAAUGUAAAAUUAAUGAGGAAAAAUGGUACAUUAUAUUCUCCAGCACUGCCUCCUUCUUUGCACCCUGCGUCAUCAUGAUUAUGGUGUAUGUUAGAAUCUACCAGAUUGCCAAGAAAAGAACAAGAGCCCUGCCAGGUGAAAGGCAAAGAGAAAACGGCAACUUAGAGGACACAAAGUGUGGUCUGGACCCCCUGGAGAGAAAAGAGAGAGAGGGGAGAGAUGUGGGAGGGGGGGGUGGUAGAGAGGUCAAUGGGUUUGACAUGGAGGAAGAACCCUCCUCUUCUGAUGGGAAUGAAGCCAGCCUAUGUCCCCUGAAGAAAAAGAGGGGUCUCGGAACAACCAAAGUGGCUCAGGUGAGGCCUGGAGAAAUCUCUUCAAAGCCAGAGGUGCAGCCCUGUGUGCGAGUGAAAGGGAGGAAAGGAAGACAGUACAGAGAGAGGCGCUUCACAUUUGUUUUGGCCGUGGUCAUGGGAGUUUUUGUUCUCUGCUGGUUCCCCUUUUUCUUUACAUACACACUCACUGCUGUGUGUGACACCUGCUGCAUCCCAGAGACAUUGUUCAAGAUGUUUUUCUGGUUUGGUUACUGCAAUAGCUCAUUAAAUCCCAUAAUAUACACUAUAUUCAAUGAUGAUUUCAGGAGGUCUUUUAAAAAGAUCCUUUGCAGAAUGGACAUAAGAGGCUUAUAA